AUGACAAGAGCUCGCCCAAGAAGAGCAAGGCCAAAGAGCGCCGGGACCUGGAUGACCUCAAGAAGGAAGUGGCUAUGACAGAGCACAAGAUGUCAGUAGAAGAGGUCUGCCGGAAAUACAAUACGGACUGCGUGCAGGGUCUGACACACAGUAAAGCCCAGGAGAUCCUAGCCCGGGAUGGGCCUAACGCCCUCACACCACCGCCCACCACCCCAGAAUGGGUCAAGUUCUGCCGACAGCUAUUUGGUGGCUUCUCCAUCCUGCUGUGGAUCGGGGCAAUCCUUUGCUUCCUGGCCUAUGGCAUCCAGGCAGGGACUGAGGACGACCCUUCCCGUGACAAUCUGUACCUGGGCAUAGUGCUGGCUGCUGUGGUGAUCAUCACAGGCUGCUUCUCCUACUACCAAGAAGCCAAGAGUUCUAAGAUCAUGGAGUCCUUCAAGAACAUGGUUCCCCAGCAAGCCCUUGUGAUCCGGGAAGGUGAGAAGAUGCAGGUGAACGCAGAGGAGGUAGUGGUUGGGGACCUGGUAGAGAUCAAGGGUGGCGACCGGGUGCCAGCUGACCUGCGCAUCAUCUCGGCCCAUGGCUGCAAGGUGGAUAACUCCUCUCUGACUGGCGAAUCUGAGCCCCAGACCCGCUCCCCGGACUGCACACACGACAACCCCCUGGAGACUCGGAACAUCACCUUCUUUUCCACCAACUGCGUGGAAGGCACCGCUCGGGGUGUGGUGGUAGCCACAGGUGAUCGCACCGUCAUGGGCCGCAUUGCCACCCUGGCCUCGGGCCUGGAGGUGGGCAAAACGCCCAUCGCCAUUGAGAUCGAACAUUUCAUCCAGCUCAUCACUGGUGUGGCCGUGUUCCUGGGCGUCUCCUUCUUCAUCCUCUCCCUCAUUCUGGGAUACACCUGGCUUGAGGCUGUCAUCUUCCUCAUUGGCAUCAUUGUGGCUAAUGUCCCAGAGGGGCUGCUGGCUACUGUCACGGUGUGUCUGACACUGACUGCCAAGCGCAUGGCUCGCAAGAACUGCCUGGUGAAGAACCUGGAGGCGGUGGAGACUCUGGGCUCCACAUCCACCAUCUGCUCCGACAAGACCGGCACCCUCACCCAGAACCGCAUGACCGUCGCCCACAUGUGGUUUGACAACCAGAUCCACGAGGCCGACACCACUGAGGAUCAGUCCGGGACCUCUUUCGACAAGAGCUCACACACCUGGGUGGCCCUGUCCCACAUCGCCGGCCUCUGCAACCGUGCCGUCUUCAAGGGCGGGCAGGACAACAUCCCUGUACUCAAGAGGGACGUGGCCGGUGAUGCCUCCGAGUCUGCCCUGCUUAAGUGCAUUGAGCUGUCUUCCGGGUCCGUAAAGCUGAUGCGUGAACGAAACAAGAAAGUGGCCGAGAUUCCCUUCAACUCCACCAACAAAUACCAGCUAUCCAUCCAUGAGACUGAGGACCCCAAUGACAACCGGUACCUGCUAGUGAUGAAGGGCGCCCCUGAACGCAUUCUGGACCGCUGUGCCACCAUCCUCCUGCAGGGCAAGGAGCAGCCUCUGGAUGAGGAGAUGAAGGAAGCCUUCCAGAAUGCCUACCUCGAGCUUGGUGGCCUGGGCGAGCGUGUGCUGGGUUUCUGCCAUUACUACCUGCCCGAGGAACAGUUCCCCAAGGGCUUUGCCUUUGACUGUGAUGACGUAAACUUCACCACAGACAACCUCUGCUUCGUGGGUCUCAUGUCCAUGAUUGACCCUCCCCGGGCAGCCGUCCCUGAUGCUGUGGGCAAAUGCCGCAGCGCAGGCAUCAAGGUCAUCAUGGUCACCGGCGAUCACCCCAUCACUGCCAAGGCCAUUGCCAAAGGCGUGGGCAUCAUCUCCGAGGGCAACGAGACCGUGGAGGACAUCGCUGCCCGGCUCAACAUCCCCGUCAGCCAGGUCAACCCCAGGGAUGCCAAAGCCUGUGUGAUUCACGGCACCGACCUCAAGGACUUCACCUCCGAGCAGAUUGACGAGAUCCUACAGAACCACACUGAGAUUGUCUUUGCCCGAACCUCCCCUCAGCAGAAACUCAUCAUUGUGGAGGGCUGUCAGAGACAGGGAGCAAUUGUGGCUGUGACUGGCGAUGGUGUGAAUGACUCCCCCGCUCUGAAGAAGGCUGAUAUCGGGGUGGCCAUGGGCAUUGCUGGCUCUGAUGUCUCCAAGCAGGCUGCCGACAUGAUCCUGCUGGAUGACAAUUUUGCUUCCAUCGUCACUGGUGUGGAAGAAGGCCGCCUGAUCUUUGACAACCUGAAGAAAUCCAUUGCCUACACUCUGACCAGCAACAUCCCUGAGAUCACACCCUUCCUGCUCUUCAUCAUGGCCAACAUCCCACUGCCCCUUGGCACCAUCACCAUCCUCUGCAUCGACCUGGGUACCGACAUGGUCCCUGCAAUCUCCUUGGCCUAUGAGGCUGCCGAGAGUGACAUCAUGAAGAGACAGCCCAGGAACCCACGCACAGACAAACUGGUCAACGAAAGGCUCAUCAGCAUGGCCUAUGGGCAGAUUGGGAUGAUCCAGGCCCUCGGUGGUUUCUUCUCCUACUUUGUCAUCCUGGCAGAAAAUGGCUUCUUGCCCAGUAACCUGGUGGGCAUCCGGCUCAACUGGGAUGACCGCACUGUCAACGACCUGGAAGACAGUUAUGGGCAGCAGUGGACUUACGAGCAGAGGAAGGUGGUGGAGUUCACGUGCCACACGGCCUUCUUCGUGAGCAUCGUGGUGGUCCAGUGGGCUGAUCUAAUCAUCUGCAAGACCAGGAGGAACUCCGUCUUCCAGCAGGGCAUGAAGAAUAAGAUCUUGAUCUUCGGCUUGUUUGAGGAGACGGCCCUCGCUGCCUUCCUGUCCUACUGCCCAGGCAUGGAUGUGGCCCUUCGCAUGUACCCUCUCAAAUGUCCCGUCCCCUGUCCCCUGUUGCCACGCCUGGGCUGAUGCCACCAAGUUUCCUCGCCAUCCUCACAAAGGGACACUGCAGACUCCAGUCCUAUUCAGGAUCCAGGGCAUCAAAGAUCCUGAGAAACUGGCCAUCUGGUCUACCCUGUCCCCCCCUACACACACACACACACAUGCAC